AUGGCGGCAGGGCGCUGCUGGAGGGAUGCUGUCGUUGCCGACGAUGUCUCCCCGCACGGCAGAAUGUGAAAGAGAUAUCAACGGCGAACGGAUCGGAAGUAAACAAGGGGCCUGACGCCGCGAUCUCCCGAAGCAUCGACAUGGCAAGGCUGGCCGACUACUUCGUGGUGGUCGGUUACGACCUCGAUAAGAGGGGGGGCAGUGAGGGUCAAGGCCGGAUUCUGCAGCGCUUCCCCGAGAAAGACUGGGAGGACAACCCCUUUCCCCAGGGGAUCGAGCUGUUCUGUCAGCCCAGCGGGUGGCAGCUCGUCCCCGAGAGAAUGCCGCCGACCUUCUUCGUAGUAGUUCUAACUGACAUCAGCUCCGAGCGUCAUUACUGUGCCUGCUUCACCUUCUGGGAGGAGGUGGAUAACGCCCAGCCCCAGAAGAGCCUGUCCAGUGAAGCCUAUGAGGAUGACGAGCCCGGGAUCAUCCAGCCAGCCCAGCUCUUCGCCCCCAAGAGCCUGGUGCUGGUGUCCCGGUUGGACCACGCCGAGGUCUUCAGGAACUGUCUGGGCCUGAUCUACUCCUCGCACAUCGACGGCGGGAGCGUUCCCAUGGAGACCCUGAUCGGAAACCUCCUGACCUGCAUCAUUCCCAUCGCGGGAGGGUCCCAGAGGACCAUCACGCUGGGAGCCGGGGACCGACAGGUGAUCCAGACUCCCAUCAACGACUCGCUCCCUGUCAGCGGCUGCAGCGUGGCCCAGCUCUUCAGGCAGCUAGGAAUCAACAACGUGCUCUACCUGUUCUGUGCUGCCCUGACGGAGCACAAGAUCCUCUUCCUGUCCAGUAGCUACCACCGCCUCACCGAUGCCUGCCGGGCCCUUCUGGCAAUCAUGUUCCCUCUCAAAUACAGUUUCACGUACGUCCCGAUCCUGCCCGGGAAGCUGCUGGAGGUCCUGAGCACUCCCACGCCCUUCAUCAUCGGAGUCAACUCCUUCUUCCGCUCCGAGACGCAGGAGCUGCUGGACGUGAUCAUCGCCGACCUGGACGGAGGCACGGUGACCAUCCCGGAGUGUGUCCAUGUCUCCCUGCUACCCGACCCCCUCCUGCACCAGACCCAGACCGCCCUCUCCAUGGUGUUGGAUCCGGAGCUGGAGGUGGCCGACCACGCCUUCCCCCCCGCCUCCACCCAGCCCUCCUCGCUCAAGAUCCAGGAUAAAGAGAUCCGGGCUGUGUUCCUGUGGCUGUUCGCGCAGCUGCUCCAGGGCUACCGCUGGUGUCUGCAUAUCAUUCGCAUCCACCCGGAACCCGUCAUCCGCUUCCACAAGGCUGCAUUUCUGGGCCAGCGGGCGCUGACCGAGGACGAUUUCCUCAUGAAGGUUCUGGAUGGGAUGGCCUUUGCCGGCUUCGUGUCGGAGAGAGGGCCUCCGUACCGAUCCAUCGACCUCUUCGAUGAGCUCGUCGCCAACCAAGUGGAGCGCAUCCGUCUGGAAGAGGGGAACCCGCACAAAGUGAUGAACCACAUCAGAGAGCUGGCGGAGCAGCUCUUCAAAAACGAGAACCCGUACCCGGCGGUGGCCAUGCACAAGGUGCAGAGGCCCACGGACGGGUCGCAUCUGCGCCUCCACCAGACCACCUUCCCCCACCUGGACGAGGUCACGGUGCAGCUGUUCAUCGACCAUGCUGCCGCCAAGCUCAAGACGGCGCCACCCGUCGUCAAGGCAGAGAUGAAGUGCAUGGUGCCGUCCGGGCCACCUCUGGACGACUUCGUAGACAAGAAUGGAAACGUGCUGGCCAACAGCGCGCGGAGGCUGGAGGUGGUCCGCAACUGCAUCACUUACAUCUUCGAGAACAAGUUGCUGGAGGCCAAGAAGCUGUUGCCGGCGGUACUGCGGGCCCUGAAGGGUCGGGCAGCCCGGCAGUGUCUGACGCAGGAGCUGAACUUGCAUGUGCUGCAGAACCGGGCGGUGCUGGACGACCAGCAGUUCGACUAUGUCGUGCGCAUGAUGAACUGCACGCUGCAGGACUGCUCCCACAUGGACGAACACGGAAUUGCAGCGGCACUCCUGCCCCUGGUCACGGCCUUCUGCAGAAAACUGGGAGCAGGCAUCACGCAGUUCGCGUACAGCUGUGUGCAGGAGCACAUGGUCUGGACCAACAUGCAGUUCUGGGAGGCCAUGUUCUACAGCGACGUGCAGAACCACAUUCGAGCGCUGUACCUCGAGGUCAACGAGAAUGAGCAGCCCAUUCCUGAGGAGGAGGCCCGGUCUGCCCUGGAGAUCGCCUCGGCGCAGCUCCGCCUGUGGCCCACCCUCUGCAAGGACAAGCAGCAGGAGCUGGUGCAGAAGGAGGAGAGCACGGUGUUCAGCCAGGCCAUCCACUACGCCAACCGCAUGAGCUACCUGCUGCUGCCGCUCGACACCAGCAAGAACCGGCUGCUGCGCAGCUCCGGCCUGGGAGACGUGGAGAGCGUCAGCAACAGCUACGUCACCAACAGCAUCGCGGGCAGCAUGGCGGAGAGCUACGACACGGAGAGCGGCUUCGAGGACGCCGAGAGCUCCGACGUGGCCAACUCGGUGGUGCGCUUCAUCAACCGCUUCGUGGACAAGGUGUGCAACGAGAGCGGCGUGACCAACGAGCACCUGAAGUCCCUGCACAUCAUGAUCCCAGACAUCGUCCAGAUGCACAUUGAGACGCUGGACGCAGUGCACAGAGAAAGUAAAAGACUGCCCCCUAUUCAAAAGCCCAAACUGCUCAGACCCACGCUGCUGGCGGGCGAGGAGCUGAUGAUGGACGGCAUGAGGGUGCACCUGAUUUCGGACGGGCGGGAUGAGGCCACGGGGGCCAUGGGCGGCCCACCCCUGCUGCCGGCCGAAGGGGCCAUCUUCCUCACCACCUACCGGCUCAUCUUCAAAGGCACCCCCAACGACCCCCUCGUGGGGGAGCAGGUGGUGACGCGGUCCUUUCCCAUCGCCUCUCUAACCAAGGAGAAGAAGAUCUCCGUCUCCCUGCCGAUGGACCAGUUCAUCCAGGAGGGCCUGCAGCUGCGCUCCUGCACCUUCCAGCUGAUGAAGAUCGCCUUUGACGAGGAGGUGGCCUCCGACCUGGCCGAGGUGUUCCGGAAGCAUCUGCACAAGCUGCGCUACCCGCAGCACGUCCAGAGCACCUUCGCCUUCACCGUGGGCCAGUCCAGCAAGAUGGUGGUGGAGCACAAGGGCAAGGACAAGAACCAGUCCCUGAGAACUCUGUCCAAGAACCUGGUAAAGAGUGCCAAGAAGACCAUCGGGCGACAGUACGUGACCCGGAAAAAGUACACGCCGCCUACCUUCGAGAGCAGGGGCAGCCUUCAGCCCCAGCUGGACGAGGACGAGAUCUCUGUGUCCGAGGAGCUGGACCAGAGCUCUCUCACCCUGUCCUCCACCAUCAAGUCGUCGGACCGGCAGACCAUGAGCAGCGUGGUGGAGCGGGCCUGUUGCCGGGACUACCAGCGGCUGGGCUUGGGCACUCUCAGCAACAGCCUGACCCGCUCCAAGAACGAGCCCUUCCGCAUCUCCACCGUCAACCGCAUGUACACCGUGUGCCGGAGUUACCCCGGGCUGCUGAUCGUGCCGCAGAGCGUGCCGGACACCACCCUGCAGCGGAUCUCGCGCUGCUACAGGCAGAACCGCUUCCCCGUGGUGUGCUGGAGGAGCUCCCGCACCAAGGCCGUGCUGCUGCGCUCCGCCGGCCUGCACGGCAAGGGCGUGGUGGGCUUCUUCAAGUCCCCCAACGCCCCCACCGCAGGCCCCUCCCAGGCAGACUCCACCAGCCUGGAGCAGGAGAAGUACCUGCAGGCCAUCAUCAGCUCCAUGCCCUCGUACUCAGAGGCCAGCGGGAGGAACACGCUGAGUGGCUUCACCUCCGCCCACAUGAGCAGCUCAGACUCGUCAGACAAGCUACGGCAGCCCAAGAUCGGCGCCCUGAUGAAGCAGGUGAUGGGGAGCAAAGAGGACGUUCCCGGGACCUUCAGCCGAGGAGCCACAGUGCAUGGUCAGAGGGCGAGGGUCAUCACCCUCUCCCAGACUAGAGCUUCAGGGAAGACCCGAAACUCUCCCAGAGGGAAGUGGGGCAGCAUCCGCGGCAGCGGGCGGAUGAGCGUCUACAACCCCGACGUGGGCAACCGGCUGGCAGGCAAAGAGUCCCCGCAGGCCAACGGAGGCCCCCCCGAGGCUCACUUCCUCCGCCAGCAGAGGGCGUACCUGUACAUCAUCGGAGACAAGUCCCAGCUCAAGGGCACCAAGCAGGACGCCUUCCAGCAGUGGGAGGUGGUGCCCAUCGAGGUGUUCGACGUGCGGCAGGUGAAGACCAGCUUCAAGAAGCUGAUGAAGGCCUGCGUCCCCAGCUUCGCCUCCUCGGACCCCAACAUGACCUUCUACCGCUGCCUGGAGGAGUCCGAGUGGAUGUGCCUGCUGCAUAAGGUCCUGCAGGUGUCAGUGCUGGUGGUGGAGCUGCUGGAUACAGGCUCCUCAGUCAUGGUCAGCCUGGAGGACGGCUGGGACAUUACCACACAGGUGGUGUCCCUGGUGCAGCUGCUGUCGGACCCGUACUACCGCACCUUCGACGGCUUCCGGCUGCUAGUGGAGAAGGAGUGGCUGUCCUUCGGCCACCGGUUCAGCCACCGCGGGGCGCAGACCCUGGCCAGCCAGAGCAGCGGCUUCACCCCCGUAUUCCUGCAGUUCCUGGACUGCGUGCACCAGAUUCACCUGCAGUUCCCCAUGGAGUUUGAGUUCAGUCAGUACUACUUGAAGUUCCUGGCCUACCACUAUGUGUCCAACCGCUUCCGCACCUUCCUGCUGGACUCAGACUACGAGAGGAUAGAGCUGGGCGUGAUGUACGAGGAGAAGGGCGAGAGGAAGAGCCAGCAGGUCAAGUCUGUGUGGGAUUACAUCGACCGCCUCAACAAGAAGACCCCCAUCUUCUUCAACUACAUGUUCGCCCCCGAGGACGGCGAGGUGCUGAAGCCGUACAGCAACAUCUCCAACCUGAAGGUGUGGACGUUCUACACAGAGGAGAUGCUGUCGGAGGGCCCCUCCUACGACUGGGAGCUGGUGCAGGGGCCGGCGCAGCAGGCCGAGGAGGGCGAGAGGCCCGACACGGCCGCGCCAAAGUCCCAGCGCCGGGUCGUCUGGCCGUGCUACGACAGCUGCAGCAGGGUGGUGCCCGACGCCAUCACCAAGCUCCUCCAGGAGCUGCAGACUCUGGAGGUGGAGCUGGGACAGGUGUCUGAGAAGUGGAAGGACACCUGGGACAAGAUCAAAGCCACACAGCGCACAGAGUCCAAGCUGGAGAGCAGGGCCUCCCUCUCCAGCUCGCUCCUCAUCUCCUCCACCCUGAGCCACCAGCGCCGCUCCCAGGGCGUGUACCUGCAGGAGGGCGGCAUGGGCUCCUCCAUCAGCCUGCCGCUGGACGCCGAGGGCAGUGCCACCGCCAUGCCGGCCGGGGGCCUGACCGGGCGGCCCAGCACCAGCACCCUCUACAGCCAGUUCCAGAGCACCGAGAGCGAGAACAGGUCCUUCGAAGGCAUCCUCUUCAAGAAAGGCGCCUUGCUGAAGCCUUGGAAGCCACGCUGGUUUGUGCUGGACAAGACCAAGCACCAGCUGAGAUACUACGAGAGCCGGCAGGACAAGGAGUGCAAAGGCGUCAUCGACCUGGCGGAGGUGGAGUCCAUCACCCCGGCCACGCCCACCAUGGGGGCGCCCAAAAACAUCGAGGAGAAGGCCUUCUUCGAUGUCAAGACGACCAAGAGGGUGUACAACUUCUGCGCCCAGGACAGCACAUAUGCCCAGCUGUGGAUGGACAGCGUGCAGAGCUGCCUGUCUGAUGCCUAGGAGCUGACGAUGCAGGAAAUACGGCGUUCUCACCACAGGGAGGGAGGGGGCGCUGACGGACCACUCCGCUGGCCAAUCACAGGACCCCUCGGCUGCAGCAGAGAGACGGAGGGGGCGGGGCCUGGCUGGGUCACCUCAAUCAGUAUUGGUGACAUAGAACUGACGAUGUCACGUCACCGCGUUUCAGUGUUUUCUCUCUCUCUCUCUCUUUUUUUUUUUUUAUUUUUUUUAAAAAGUCCGUUCUGAGGGCAGUUGCUGUCGUCCUGCUGUUUUACAGCGGCCCUUGUUCGUUACUGUCGCCGAGCAGCACCUUAGCAGAUGGCCGUUUACUCCAGACCCUUGCCGGGAUUAAAAGCGCGGCGACUGGUUGUGCAGGAUUGACAGGCACUUUCUCUUCCCUCACGCCCAGCGCAGACCUGCAGCUGGCAUUCCACCGAUGGGACUUUCUCACACUUCGGAAGGACUACAACCCCCACACUCACCUAGCCAUGUAGUGGAUUUUGACUUCCUGCAACACUCCACUCCAGGGAUGAAGCGGCAAAGGUUCCUUCAGCAGGAGGCUCUCCAUUGGCCCCGGGCUGGGACGGUGCAUGGCAGGGGAACCGCCCACCUACUCUAUGCCCAUUGCACUUUAACUCUGGGAGGACAGAGCCUCUCCCCUCACCCGAUUCUCCUCCCUCCUCUGAGGAUGAGGGGCGGGGUCUGGAUCCCUUCAUCACUCCAACAUGUAUGCAGCCUUGAACUAAAAGCCCACUUGCCCCCCCUGCCCCCCCCCCCACAGCACUUCCUUAGGGUUGGAGCGGGCAGGCAGAUGCAGGAAGUCCUCGGAAAACUGUUCAUGAAGGAAUACAUAGUGAGCCUUGUUUUUCAGUUCUGUUUCUUUGUUUUUUUUUUUUGGUCGUUUUGAUUAUAACAGAAGAGAGUAAUCCUUUCUCUUUCAGUCUCUGAAGCUCGUUUGCCCUCGUAAUCUACCACGCAAAAACGCCAGUUUCAGCAUUCUGCUCCUAGUCAAGUCAGCUGAUGAGAGCUUUCCGAUGUUUGUUUGAUUGUUUACAAAGCAGCUAUCGUCAGUUGUUAUAUGAGUUCUUCCUAUACUGUUAUAAAAAAAAGAAACCACUAUUAAUAUUCAAAACUUAAGGGAUGCCGAAGGAAAACGAGGGAUAUAUUUUGGUGGGAUUAUUAAUUCAUAUGCAAGAACAAAAAAAAAAAAA